UGGGAACCACCAUUACUUGCCUGGCUAUCCCUUGUUAUUUAUCCCCAGGAGGAGAAAAAGGCUAGUGUGCAACGUUUCUAAGGUGGAAUACCCUCAAGGCACCAAGGUCUUGUCUGAUCAUGGAAACUAAACAGGGCCAGCCCAGGUGUUAACUCCCUGAAGAACGUAGAACAAGGGAAAUUGGAUCAACCUCCUGCCGCAGAGAGGCAGGGGAGAUGUCUUCUGGACAAAACGGAGACUGUAAACUCAGCAGAAGAGACAAUGGAAAUCCCAGCUACCAAAGACUGCUCUCCAAACAGCGGUGGAGAUCCGGAUGGGUCUUUGCAGAUGUCCCAUAUGGAUGGAAAUACAUCUGUUAUAUCAGACUUGGGGACCACUAACAGUUCUCCAUUUCAUCAGCCUCAGUGUGAAGAAGAAAUGUUGGUAGGCUCUGAUCCACAUCAAUGUCACACGAGUGGGAAUGGAGGAUCUAAAACACCACAUUGUUGGGGAGAACUCUUAGAGAAUCCAAGUUCAGAUCUUCCCAUUGACCAGCGCAUGUCCACAAAUGGAUCCCUUAAGCUAAGGACUGAAGCCCUAGCUUCUAAAAACAAGAGUGGGGCCAACAAACCAUCUCAGGUGGGUAAUGGGAUAUCAGGACAUAUGGUUGUCCAAGAUGGCAGCCUCACUGAGGAGGAGACCUCCAGUGCUCAACAUGCCCACUGGGGUAGUAUAAAGGAAGAGUCUGUUGGCUGCAAAUCACUGUCUUCUGAAUCAACUGAGGAGGAUGACCCCGCUCUCCUAGCCAUGUUCCGUGCCGUGGCCAACAGCCGCCUGGCUGUCCGGAGCCAACAAAAAGAUGAACCAGAUUUCACGCCCACGCAGAAGUUGGCCAUCUUACGGGAGCUGUACCAUGCCAAGCCCUUGGUGUUCCUGGAGCGCUUCCGAACAGCUUUGCAUGAAGAACACUUGCCUUGCUUCCACCAUCUCUCUGGCAGUUACGAGGCUGAUUUCUACUGCGCUGAAGUGCGCAGGGCUGGCCUGGGCAAAACGCGACGUACUCGGGUGCGGAACAAGCGCUAUGCAGCUCUACAGCAGCUUAUUAGAGGUGGGGAAUACUUUAGCGAUGAACAGAUGCGUUCUCGGGAUCCACUCCUUUAUGAACAGUACAUUGGGCAGUACCUGAGUGAUGAAGAGAUGCAGGCACUGGGCAGCAGCAAGCUGGAGGCUUCCUGCUCUCUCUCAGGUGUCCUCCUGGACUCCUAUCAGGAGCAGGUCAUCCAGCGGCGUCUGCAGAUUCAACAGGAACAAGAAGAGGCAUGUGAGGAGGAAGAAGAAGAGGAAGAUACGGACGAUGAGGACAAGGAAGACAGGGCCUCUGACCCUAAUGGGGAUGAAUGGGUCCCUGACCAAGGAGAGAAAGCAUUUCUGCGGGAGGAGUUCACCAGCCGUAUGUACCAGCGUUUCCUUGAUGGCAAGGACAGGGACUUCGACUACAGUGAGGUAGAUGAGAAUCCAGAUUUUGAUAACCUGGACAUUGUAUCACGAGAUGAGGAGGAGCGCUACUUCGAUGGAGAGGACCCAGAAGAUGCUGACUCUAUGGAAGCAGAGUAGACGUGUCUGAGAUCUUGGCCCCAAGACAGAGGUAAAGGCUCUCAAAUCAAAUGUGGAGAUAGAGGACACAUGGUUGACUUCUGCCCUGUUGUGUGACUUUUCCCCUGCCAAAUUGGGCGUCAACCAGAUGUGGGUUGCAAAAGCAGGUUUGAGUUGAAGUGCUGCUGAGAUCUGAGCUGCGACAUCCGCACUUCAAGAUAUCUGCACAGCCCUUCCCAGCUGCUCUCCUGUUGCUAAAAAGAAGGUGACUGAGAAAGGGAACAUAUACCUUCAGGACUGGACAAUUACAAUGUGGAUCUGAAGUACAAGUCUCACCUUCUCAUCUGCAGUGACUCACCUUUGGACCCUUUCAAUCCUAAGAUUUGAUUUUGUCCUUACACCUGCAAGUUCCCAUUGAGUUGUCUGACUUGUUUGUCUGUGUAGGCAUGAAGCUAGCAUCUAGGUGGGAUGUUUCUCUUAACUAAAAAACCAAAAAAUCACCUCUAUUUCUCAGUGGUGGGUUGUGUUUCUCAUUAUAAGAUGAGGUUUAAGCAGUUGGAGGCUAAAAAUAAAUGAUCUUUUAUCUUUGUAU